AUGCACGAGAGGUUCGAGGCUCCUGACCCCGUGGCGAACCCGUGGGAGCGACACAGCCUGACCGAGCGAGACAUCUCCGAGACGACGGUGGACGCCGUGAUGGCGCUGGUGCUGCGCGCUCUAGCCGACCCCGUGCGCGGCGCGACGGAAGAGGAGGCUGCGGAGGAGGAGGCAGCGGCGGAGUUAACGAGGCGGAUUAACGAGCGGAGCCUGCUCCACCAGGCAGAUCAGGUCCUGCGUAAGCUCGUGUCGCGUAAGAUCGCCAAGUGUAAGUGCGAGGGAGGGAAGACGGGGAAGCAGUUGGAAGCGACUGCGAGGUGGUUGAAUGCACGGAGGCUAGAACUAUUGGAGCAGAUUCGCCGCGGAGAUGUGCGGGUGCCCGAUGCUGUGCUGACCAAUCUGACUAAAUUGUCCUCGUCAGAUGACAACCCGACUAACAAGGAUGAGGCUCUAACAGGGCUGAGAAAUUUCCUUGCCAGCCAAUUUGAUGAGGAGUCUUCCCGCUAGAUGGCAGCAUGAUAGCCGGAGUAGUAUAUUCGAGUGACUUUUUUAUGAUAAAUCCGUUUAUUUAAAACGCGUUAGCAACAGUUUCUCGACAACCGAUCUAGUUGGGAGUUGCUAGAACACGGGCGUCGAAGAAGGGUCACGUGAUGUGGCUGCACUUGUGUUAGGAUUAGGGUCAGGGUUAGGGAAAUAAGGCCAUGUCUAGCACGGAAGUAUGACUGUGGAAGAUUUGUACUUUGAAGCAUACGCAAUGACUAGUGCUGCCACGUAAUGGCACCCUCCUUCGACGCCCGUGUUCUAGCAACGCCCGAUCUGGUUGUCGUUUGUCAAACUGAAUAAAGUUGUUUGCACUUGUCACCAGAUGGCAGCAGGUGACAAGAGUCGGAAUUGCAAGUUACUCUUAUAUUAUUCACUCUGUUAUUAUCCCUGAUAUUAUCAUGAAAUCUGAUGAAAUUAUUUGGUGAUUAGAGUAUCAUAGGCUAACAAGCACCAGUACCAGAGACAUUCUGUCAUAGAACUAUUUUAUCAGUACAGGUUAACAAACACAGAUCAGCCAAUUAAUUGGGGCUGUGGAAGCGCCUCAUUUUUUUAUUACCUCCGCCAGGGGCGUGGCGGAGGUUAUGUUUUCACCGGCGUGCCAUUGAGUGUUGAUUUG